AAAAAAGAAAAAAUUUUUAAUAGCAGAGGGAUGCGCCAGUUAGGUCUCCUAUUGGUCAAAAGUACGAUGCUUUUCUAUCCAAUAAAAAGAGAAAAUGUGUAUCCCUUAUUUGCAUAAGCCACUCCCUCCAGACCUUAGUGAAACUGUACUGAUCUUACCCAAUCAAAAGUGAGAAUUCUCGAUUCUUCAUUUACAUUGAAUCACUAUAAAUAUAUGGUUUUUAAACUCGCACUACUUAUCUCUGUUGUGGACGCUGCUCCCCUAACGUUUCUACGCCAAAAGAAUGCCUGAGCCGUCUAAAUCUGCUCCGGCUCCUAAAAAAGGCUCUAAGAAAGCCAUCACUAAGGCACAGAAGAAAGAUGGUAAAAAACGCAAGCGCAGCCGUAAAGAGAGCUACUCUAUUUAUGUGUACAAGGUUUUGAAGCAGGUCCAUCCAGAUACUGGUAUCUCAUCUAAGGCCAUGGGUAUCAUGAACUCCUUCGUGAACGACAUUUUCGAGCGCAUCGCGGGCGAGGCGUCGCGCCUGGCGCAUUACAACAAGCGCUCGACCAUUACAUCCAGGGAGAUCCAGACGGCCGUGCGCCUGCUGCUGCCCGGGGAGCUGGCCAAGCAUGCUGUUUCUGAGGGUACCAAGGCCGUCACUAAAUACACCAGCUCCAAAUGAGUACCUGCAUAGGCAUUUAAUUCAAAGGCUCUUUUCAGAGCCACCCACUUUAUCGAAGAAGCACUGUAACGGCCGUUUUCUCGCGGGGUAAAUGCAAUUCUGUCCUAUUGAUUAGAUUUAAGCAUCUACUCUAGUGGGGUUAAUAGUUGGAACAAUUUUGGAGCCAGAACCUCUAGCUACUUGAAAGGUCUCUUGGCAUUAAAGAGACAUUCCCCCAAAGACACAUCUUUCUGUUUCCCAUGGACUAAGCAUCCAGAUGCUUGGAAAUGCUCACUCUUCUCCACCAGUCCUCUUAAAAAAAUUUUGAUGGUGAUUAGAAUUUUCCUCCCGGGUAAGGAAGUGGUUGGGGGAUUUCAGAGUCCCGAUCCUCAGGGCAUCGUUAUGCAGGUUGCCUUUUCAGGGUAGGUUGCAGGGAAGGCAAGUCAGUGGAGUUUUCUCCCUGUUCUUGGGGAAACUUAAGCAAAAUCACCUGUCGUUCCUUUAAUAAACCGCAGACAC